GGGUGCGGAAUUUCUAGUUUUCAAUGUAGAUUGCAAACAUAAACGAAUUUUGAAUCCUGCGAAAUGUCGUACUUACUCACGGAAAUCGCGCUGGAGAUGCUGGGCUACAAGUUCUACGACACCAAUGGCACAUUCCACCUGACCAAUUUUCAAAACAACUCCACGCUCAGCGAAACGCAUCCCGAUGAGCCCUCCCUGCAGGAAUUCAUUGAGUACACAAAUGAGGAGCUGAAGCAAGACGCGCAACAGCAGGAGCCGCACACGCUGGCGGUGCAGGAGGAGUCGUACCUGGAUGCCCCCACCAUACCCGAGUCACGCUAUGCGCGGCGCACGCCGGCCAAGGCGCUGGCCAAGAUAAUGGACUACGAGAGCGAGAAGAUAGUCAACCAGAUCAGCACUCGUCUGGAGGGCUCGGUGUCACGUCGGGCGGCGGCGGACAGUGACGAGCAGCUGGCCGAGAUCAUCAACGAGGAGAGGAAACUAAUCGAGGCGGAUGCCGAGGUAAUACACAACUUUCGGGAGCUCGUGGAGAGCCGACUACAGCGAUUGGAUAAACGGCCCUACGAGAAAUACGUACGUACCUUCGGGCCGCAAUAGGAAGCUGCACGUGCAAUGUCAAAGUGCCGCCAUUACUUUUAGAAUUAAUUUAGUUUAUAAAUUUAAUAAAUAAGUUACCGCUACAGGGUGCCUGCGGCACUUUCAUUUUCUCUUACUGCGCCAGUGUGACCACCCUAGCCCAUGCACUGGCCAGCGAUAGCCCCAUCUAUCGGAGCCACUGUCAUCUCUAGCAGCACAGCACGAGUAAAGGUCAGCUCUCGUAACUUGUCUCGGAAAUAUUCAAUAAUUCCGAGAUUGCCGUCAAAAUUCGAGUCGUGUACUUCAGCUAACGCUCCCCCUGUUUAAUUCCGUUCCGUCUGCCCCCGCAGGCUCAGCUCAGCCCGCAUCUCGGCUGCCAAUUAAGGAUAUAAAGCCCUCCCCGGACGGUGACGACAACGGCGCUUGCAUAAUGAAAAUCUGGACAUCGGAGCACAUAUUCAACCACCCGUGGGAGACGGUCACGCAGGCGGCGUGGCGCAAGUACCCCAAUCCGAUGACGCCCUCCAUCAUUGGCACGGACGUGGUCGAGCGCCGUGUGGUGGACGGCGUCCUGCACACGCAUCGCCUGGUGCAGUCCAAGUGGUACUUCCCCAAGUGGACGCACGCGCUGAUCGGCACGGCCAAAACUUGUUUCGCCAGCGAACGCUCCACGGUGGACCCGGAGCGCAAACAGAUGGUGCUGAAGACAAACAACCUCACCUUCUGCCGCAACAUCAGCGUGGACGAGGUGCUCUACUAUGAGCCGCAUCCGUCGGAUGCCAGCAAGACGCUGCUCAAGCAGGAGGCCACCGUGACCGUCUUUGGUGUGCCGCUGUCCCACUACAUGGAGGACCUGCUCACCUCGACCAUUAGCACAAAUGCCGGCAAGGGACGCCAGGGCCUGGAGUGGGUGAUCGGGCUGAUCAACACGGAGGUCAAGGGCAUCGCUCGCGGCACCGACGAACUUCUGCACAACACACGGCGCUCCAUCGACGAGGUGACGGAGAGCGCGCGGAAGAGCAUGGACGAGAUCAGUGCGCAGGCCGCCAAGGCGGCGAAGGCGAUGCACAUUACGUAGGUGUCGACAAGGCGACAGUGCAAGGUCGCGCGGGGGCUGUUCACUAGUGAAUUAUUUAGAUGGCGCGCGGUCGUCGUUUUAGUACAACUAAUUAAUCGAUGGCACGAUGGACAUGGACAGCAACAUGUGGGACAGCAACACCUUCCUCUAUUCUCAAGCCAUUCAAUGCAUAUAUUUUAUAAUUAUUACUCCCCUUCGAACGAAUCGACUGCUAAUGAGUCAUGUCGAUAAAGAAGUGCCCCCGAAUGGCUGAACUGGAAGGAACUCGCGCUAAUGCUGGCCCCCAUUCAUGCAGAUCAAUAUAUAUAUAAACCUAAAGUACAUAGUCAAUGUAAGCUUUGUAAGCCGCCGCAGAUUUCGAAGAACGAGAGGAGCAAUUAAACGACAUAUUUGCCUACGACC